UGGUACUCUAAUAAAUGUACCCCAACUCCCAAGUCCAUUUGUGUGGUCACAAAUCCGUACACCAAGAAGAAGUAAAUUGCUGCACCUUUGUUUUUUCUUUUCUUCCCUAACCCACCAAAAAUGUUGAGCAUUUUAUUUUCAUCUUCCAAUCAACCAUGGCGCUCCUACAUUCACAGCCAUUUCUCCCACAAAAGACUCGUACCUCGUUUCAGUUUAACCAAACACAUCGUAAACCAAGGACCCUAUUUUCCGCCUUAAAACUCAUAAACCCUUCUCGUCAAUUGCGGAAAAACUGUCGGAAAUUGAGCGCAGUUGCUCAGGAAAGUUCCACCGUCGGAGGCGAUGAGAGCGUGAUUGAAGAAGAGGUGAUCGGACAAAAGGAAGUGGUGGACUAUGAUUGGACUGAAGAAUGGUACCCGCUUUAUCUGACCAAGAAUGUGCCGGAUGAUGCGCCUCUUGGCCUCACCGUCUUUGAUAAACAGAUCGUUUUGUACAGAGAUGGCAAUGGCGAGCUUAGGUGUUAUGAAGAUCGAUGCCCACACAGGCUUGCAAAACUUUCCGAAGGACAAUUGAUCGAUGGUAGAUUGGAAUGUUUGUACCACGGUUGGCAAUUCGAAGGAACUGGUAAAUGCGUUAAAAUCCCCCAGCUUUCAUCAGGCGCCAAAAUCCCGAAAUCGGCCUGCGUCAAAACAUACGAAAUCAAAGAUUCACAAGGUGUCGUUUGGAUCUGGAUGUCCCACAAGGCCCCACCAAAUCCCGACAAAUUACCCUUCUUCGAAAACUUUGACCGUUCAAAUUUUCGUGAUAUCUCGACCACUCACGAGCUCCCUUACGAUCACUCCAUCCUCUUAGAGAACCUAAUGGACCCGGCCCACAUCCCCAUCUCACAUGAUCGAACGGACACAACUGCAAAGCGUGAGGACGCGGGCCCACUAUUCUUCGAGGUCACCGAAAGAACAAAUCGAGGCUUCGCGGGCCUCUGGGGCCCAGAGAAGAAUCGGUCAAACCCAAAUUACGUUUCAUCUUCUUUGAGAUUUGAUGCACCUUGUGUUCUUCAGAACAAUCGUGAAAUCACGGGCCAAGAUGGUAAAAAAAUCUACUUUUCGGGCCUUUUCCUCUGCCGGCCCGCGGGCCAGGGGAAGUCGAUGCUUAUAGUCCGGUUUGGAAGCACCGGAAAACCGCCCUUGAUAUUGAAACUGUUCCCACAGUGGUAUUGGCACCAGAAUGCGAGCAAGGUUUUCGAACAAGAUAUGGGUUUCCUCUCUUCUCAAAACGAAAUUCUAAUGAAAGAGAAAGUGCCUACUAGGGAACUUUACAUUAACUUGAAAUCAUCAGACACGUGGGUGGCCGAGUACCGGAAAUGGAUGGAUAAAGUCGGGCACGGGAUGCCUUACUAUUUUGGGCACAGCACAAUUUCCCUUCCGGAAAGUCCAGCUGUCGUCGAGCAUGCGCCAGCUGGAUUCUUGGCGAAUCUCUCGGCUUCUCAGCCGGCCAAGGGUGGAAUCGGAACAAUUCAUGCGCCGAACCUCGCGAAUAGGUAUUUUCGGCACGUGGUUCAUUGUAAGGAGUGUACGAGUGUUUUGAAGACGUUUGAGGCGUGGAAGAAGGUUUUUUCUGGGGUUGGUUUAGUGAUGACGGCCCUUGCUAUUCUUGUUUCCGGAAGGCAGUGGAAGGGCCUGCUUUUGUUGUCGACUGGUCUGUGUCUCGGGGGAAUUUAUGUUUGUUCGGCUGUGAUUGCUAUGCACACGAUCAAUUUCAUCAGGACACAUAGAAGGCUGUGAACCACUUCUUUUCAUCAGCUCUUUCGAGAAGGUGUGUGCUGUAUUUGCUUGUUAUGUUUACAUCUGUAUAUACAAUGUCCCUUUUCUUUACGUUGGACAGUAUUAUUUUUAUUUUUUCGAAACUAUUGUUAUUUAUAAUCCGAAAAAACAGCUAGUAACAAGGUUUACACAAUGGCUGCCUAAGAGCAUCUCCAAUGGUAUGUCGAUUGUAGAAUUGUAGAGGCAUUAGGAUAGAAAACGUCUCCAGCGGUGAGUUUUUUUACAUCUACAUCUGAUUAUGUGGUAUGAGAGAGACGCAAAAUAUCCAGGAGGCUUUCUACAUCUGAAAGUCUGUCCAGACUGAAUGAAAUAUUUUGUUUAUCUUAUUUAUUUCUUUUCUCUUUAAUUAUAGUUUGUUGGUAUUUAUUUGUACACACUAUAUCAGAAGGCAAAU